AUGAGUUCCCCAGCUCCCCAAACAACCCUGUCAAUCCGGGCCCGGCCUGAGAUUUCUCGGGGCUUCUUUGAAUACAUUUUUCACCAUGUUUUCCUCCCUCCGAAACUUCCUGAUGGGGAUGACUACAACUCUAUUUUCGAGGCUUUGCUUCUGAAGAGGCUUGUAGAUUCCCUUCGCAGCUUCGUUGAUGAAAAAAUGAAAUUGCAAAAUCAUAACACUCAGAGUGCUUUUGAGUUUCUGAUUGUGACAAUGAAGCGUCUGAUUAAAAUCCUCGGCGCAGGAGGUGAAGUAUCAGAGAAUAAGUUGACCGUUAUGAUGGCGACAUUGCAAGCUGAAGGUGGCAUCCUUCCAAUCCUUGUUCGAGAGCAGAAUGCGGGUAUUUUGAUGAGCCGGAAGGGCGACAAAGUCAACAUUGAAUUCUUUGAAUUGUCAGCACGUAACGAAGCCGUCAUUGAAACCGUUGGUCGCCUUGUGCGCACCUUCCCGGGACCUGGCCUUGCUGUGGACCAGGUCCAUUUCAACAAUCCGGAAUUCCUUGAAGCAGUUGGACAGACAAUCGCCUGUUUGAGCCAUCAGAAAGUUGCACGAACAAAGCCGAAGGUUAAGAAGGCGCAACAGCUGCACAAUGAGGACAGAGACACCACCGAUCCGAUGAUGAUUACGCAAUUUCUGAUGUCAAUUCUGCGUCCCUUAUCAAACAACAUGGAGGACGUGCAAAUUGAGAAGCGCAUCCGUGAAGAAGUGAUGUGGAAUGACAGCCGAAAGCCAUGGAGAAGAUCAGCUUUGUGGAUCUUCGUGCGAGUGACCCUUCAGGCAGUCCUAGUUAGGUCAUUGAAUCAAGUAUCUGGACGACAGGCUUACAAGGAGUUCAUGGUUUUUUUCAUGAGUGAUCUUGCCAGAAAGGCGUCCUCUGCUAUCUCAAACGAACAGUUGUUUCUCAUGAAUGCCAAAGUCACACGUCGAUUGUUGAAACUUGAUGCACCUCUGGAUCCUGAUUGUUUCUCCAUUUUGGAACGGAACUUGAAGUUUACAAGCAGAAAAACAAAGAAUCAAUGGCUACAGACUAUGAUGAGUGAUCGCAGGUCCUUGGAUUUGGGACGGCUAGCAUUAUUGGACACCCAGCGGGAUACCCAGUGCGACAUUCCUGCGCUCGAGAAAUACCUGCAAGAGAUCUCCACAAGAGGUCAAAACUCAGAAUCUCAGUCAUCCUUCUCACCUGCAUUUAGCAUCAAUGUCUAUCAAGAUCAUGACCUUCCAGACCUCUCCAGCCACAGGGACCCUGGCUAUGGAGUCUUUCACCUUGCAACUGUGGAAGAAUGGGUUGAAAAACAUCUGGAUAGAUGGAUCACUGUCCACCAGAAUGAGGAGUCCACAUGUGGUGCUUUGGCCAAUUUGAUACAGGCAUACCACAGUGCGGCGAAGAUGUGGUACUCUGGGAACCCCAAGGCUACAUCAAUUAUGCUUCUUACCCUCCUCGAGCUAUGGAUAGCCUGUGACAAAACUGCAAUCAGUGUGCACGGCAUGCUCGCUGAUUAUGACCCCUGUAUUCCUGCAGAGUGCUUUCAAUCUCUUUUGUUGCCCUUCCCAUCCCAGAUGAACAGAAUGGCUAAGGCAGAAGACUAUCUGAGCCAUCGUCAAUGUCAGGUAAAAUAUGGCGGCCAAACUAUCUUCAAUCACUUUGGUACUUCUUCAUCCUUCUCCGUCCGGUACUUCAACAGCUCGCCGCAGCAUCAGCAGCUUCUUGCCAGAAUUGAGAAACGGGCAAGGGAAGACCGGAGUGAAAAGCUGGCUGAGCUUCGUCAAAAACAGGAAAGAUACAGAAGUCUGAUGCAGCUAUACUCACAGCUGGAAUGCGAAUAUGAGGAGGUUACUGUGUACUAUCACCGUCGUGGUCUGCGCACCCACACGGUAAACAGACACAAGAACUCUUGCAUCAAGUGUGGACACAAGAGUCAAGCUGAUAGUAUCAGUAUCACUGUUCAUGAGUGGCCCUUGCCUCUGAAUACACAAGAAGCCAAAUCGGUAGUGUUUGAGCUGAUGCCCCCCGAGACAUUUUCAAAAUGGCGUGAUACCACCAUUUUCUUUCUUCUGGAUUGUCUUUAUUGUGACUAUUCUGCAAAAAGGCUUCCACGAUACCAAUACCCGCUCCAUCACUACUCUGGCCUGUACGCUUAUCGUGCAAACCGCUUGCACUGCCAAAGAAUCUCCCUCCUUUCGGAAAUCAAACCACAUGACAAAACGCACCGAGGAGAUAGAGAUAUGGCUGACGUGACACCCAAUGACAUCUGUGUUAACAACGGGCUCAAGUUACGCUACUUUGAUUCUCAAAAAGACUGUUUCAUAACUGACUUUGAGAGGGAAAAUCAAGUAGAAGAGUCCUGCACGUACCAGCUCCCACCAGCUAGCUCAGCACUGCAAAAGUUUCUUUCACGACCAGCGAAAGAUCCAAAUGGCCCUUCACCAAACAGUGUGAUUUCAACACAGUCUUCAGCUCCGAAAACCUUCUCUUUGGAGGAAUACAGGUCAUUGGCGGCUCUACCACUAGGAUUGAAGAUUCAAUGGCAGAAUAUCCUAUUAGAACUGUGUUCAGGGACUUUGGACAUGAAAAAGGUUGAAACCGCAAUGUUCAUUUUGCAGAUUGCCAAUCAAGUCGGCCCAUUGGAUGGGGAGAGCGAGAAUCUGAGACAAGGUCAUGCCAUUUUGGAGGACGAUGCUUUCACAUUCCAGCUGCUAUCACGCAUCAACGAGGUGAAAGAUUCCAUAAAAGCGAACUGGGAAAUGAUCAAUGGAUUGAGCAAUUUGGUACUCAUCACUCAGAAAGUCUUCUUACUUUCUCCAUUUACACUCAUCAAAGAGAGGUGUCUUGAAACACUCAAAUCACUCCGUGAGAUUGCAUUUGGGUGGGUUGGCAUAGUCAAGGGGAAGGCAAAUGAAACUGUGGACGCCGACGACAAAUCAAUGCUGAUUGGAAAGGCUGCCCAUAUUGCGCUUGUUUGCAGUGAAACCUUCAAUCUGCAAGACCCUCCCCUGGUCUUUCUUUCAUCUGCUGAAAUUUCGCUCUUUUUGCAAUGCAGUAUGGUGAUUUGUGAUGGUCAAAACUGUCUCUCGAUGCAGGCAGGAUCUCUGUCUUCCAUUCUCGCUCACCGGUGGCAGGUUCAAUGCUAUCGCAACUACAGGUUUUUAGUUAGUCGCAUUGUUGCUCAAUCCGACCGCGGAAUAGACUUGGCAAUUGCGCAGGCUUGGGUCGCAUAUGAGGCAGGUGAAGGAUGGUCAAGACUGGAUGGCUUCAAUCAUCAUCAUUGGCUUGUGACACGUCAAAAGGACUCAGAAAUUGAAGUUCACUUCGACCUUCUGACCGGAGACCUUCGAGUUAACGGCCUUCCACUUGCACGUCUGCCUGCGGAUUAUGAGUCCCAUCAUACCUAUGCCGUCCUUUUUGGAAAAUCUCAACUUGAAGUCAUGCCGAGUGAUUUACCGGGUAUGCAGUUCUCUUGCCGAUCCAAAUAUCGCGAUUACAAUGUGCAUCUCUCAAAGACUCAACCUACCAACUCGAUGGGAUCUGCCUUGCAUGUUACUGCGGUGAAGGGUCGCCGUACCUGGCAAUUUGUCUCGCCUACAGUCUUUGAGGGGAUCCUCCCCGACAGCUUCAUCAACAACUAUGUGCAUUGGUACAGCGUUGAGCAUGGGCAUGUGGAGUUCCGCCCGAUUAACGAUCCCUGGUCAUUGCGCCGUGAUGACUGGCAACUAUGCAAGUUUGAUUCGGGAUGGCAACCGGGAUGGGAAUUGAAAAAAGAAGGACAGAAGGUGGUGGCCAUGGGAAGCUCAACUUCGUGUUUCAUAUCUGAAAUUCUGAAGCCAAUUGAGAAGGCAUCAAGAGUGCAUUGUGUUUUGCAUGACCUAUCUGCCACGGUGCAUAUCAUACUACCACGACUGCGUCUAGAAUUCACUCUCAAGAACAGGUCCACAUACAUUUCAUCACGACAAUAUCCCGAUAUGGUGAUUGACAAGGAUCAGUCACUGGACUCAUUGAUUGGGUUAUCAAGCAAGCUCCUUCUUGGGAGACCAGGCUCACGCGAGCGGCUAGUGUUAAUACCUGAAGGGGACCUUUCUAUCAGCAAGGAUGAGGGUCAUGUGAAAGUGGAUGUACUCUGGGAAAAUGAGACCCAGCUUCAAGCUUAUGCAAUUGAUACUCAGAUAGGCUACCUGGCGGACAAUGGGAGUCUUCGAAGCAAGCUUUUCCUUUCAUGCUUGCACGCUGUCACAUCUUCUUGUCUACCUGACCCUCUAACGAGGAAAACAGGCACUGAGCAAGCGCUGUCAAUUCUUCGGUCGGCAUCUUUGAGAUCUUUUACUUACCUGGGUGAGGCAGAAAGCAGGCUUUUGGAAAAUCUAGCAUCGCUUACCCCGCUAAGGCAAUACUAUCCCGUGAAUCUGCGUGUCAUGCAACAGGUGAUCUGGAAGAGAAACCUACCAGUGAUGUCCCAGCACCCAGGCUUUCUGGAUGCGGUGGAGUCUAUUCGUGAUCAGAAUAAACGGACACAAUUCCUGUAUCCAGAUGUGAGACACUGGGACCCAUCAGUCCCACACAUUGAUAAAGUGCUUUCACAGAGAGAUCAAAUUCGCACCUCAUGUUUUAGAGUCUCUGGGUUUGGUGCUGAACAGCAUACGUGUACACAUGAUCAAUUCUACAGAGACUUGAAGAGUGCGCCGAAUGCAGAUGCCGCUCUCAGGAGCUUCACCAUUUCAGAAAUGAUUUGUAAAGACAUCUCACGCACCCGGCCCAUUGUGGCAAAAGAAAUGGUCAACACCCUCUGGAAAUUGCUCUCCACGCGAUAUGCAGUUCGGGGCCGGACACGUGAGAUUCAAGUUCAAAGACUAAAGUAUGAUGGUGAAUGGAUGCUCAACCCAGAAGAGUUCCUUACAGAGAAUUGGCUUCCAAUCCACCAGCUUGCAGUCUCGGAAGGGCAGAACUUGAAUAAAUUUAGGAUAAUGACCUGGCUAGCGGCCAUUGCGUUUUCUGGUCAGAUUGAGAUGAGUGUUGUUGAGAUCAUGACCUAUCUCUUCCAGUCUCGAGACACCUCAAUCAAUUUCCCACCGGAUCGAAACAAUUUUCAGCUUCAUAAGGGAUUCUCGCUCAAUAGUUCUGUCUUGGAUGCGCACAUCAUAGCGGCACAGCUCUCCAAUACACCACGUCCCCAGCUCUCACAAAACCAAAAUGAGACACAACACCAUUUUGAUUCCCGUGUCCAGAGGGUCAUUGAUCAAAAUAGAGAUAAUGUAUUUGACAGAGCCGUGAAUCACUUCAGCACACAGUGGCCAUCCAGAUCACUUGAACCUCUUGACACAAAUGUACAGCCCAUCGCUACAAGCUAUUUGAACACAACUCAGCUCAUGGACGGCAUUACUCAAUCAUUCAAUGACUGGAUGGAUAACUGGGAGUUAAGAGAGUAUCUCACGGAAGUUGUGACUGCAUAUCAGAAUCAAAGACAACAACCCGUUCACUUGGCUCCGUACAGCCCCGAAUCGUAUCAACAAGGACCGUCGAACAAGGGAUCAAAGCGGGGCUUUGUAACCUUCAAUGACUGUCUUCAGAUUCAUAGCUGGUCUGAUACAAACCAUUGGAAGGAACCAGAGCUGGGCAGCCACUUCGAAAUCACCUCCGAACCAACAAAGCCAAGUCAGAAGAUAUCAGCCUUGAUUGACUCCCUUCGUUGUCGAGCCACGUCUCAAUACGAAGAGUGGUAUGUUGAGCAGCUGGAACAAAGCGUGCUUUCGUUGAACGGUGUUAUGAAAAACAGACACCUUCAUGACGAGUUGCAGAAUUUGCAACAAUUGACUGUUGAGCAUCUUCAUGCGUGUCAAAAGCAUCUUACCCAGACUCAUGAUGAGAUUAUUGAUGGACUUCUUCGAUUCGGAGAUGCCGGAGAUGCCACGGACUCGACUGACUCAACAUAUUCCACGGAUUCCACAACUUCGGAUGACUAUCGGCUCUCCUUUUUAGCUGCGGUGAAUUCUUUGGCUUUUGACACUGGACAAUAUCCAAGAUUGAGCACAAGUCUACUCUUAGAACAAUUAUCUCGUCAAAGAUGGCAGCAUCUAGACGCAGAGUCAAAGGAAAAGUUUACCCAGUACGGAUGUGCUAUUGCAGCUGUUCAACGAGCUGAGAGACUUUGCAAACUUGCGAACAGUCCAGAUGAGCUGAUCAAGGAAAUCCAAAACCCUGGACACACCAACUGGGAUAUUCUUGAAUUUCCAGAGACUCUUCUUCUCGAAGUUGAGAACCAGCUUCUCAUUCGUGAGAACCAGGAGGAGAUUGCAAGGGUCAUGCGUGAAAGUGCUCCCGGAGGGAACUAUGUCUUACAGCUUAACAUGGGGGAAGGAAAGUCAACCGUCAUUGUACCUAUUGUUGCUGCGAGUCUGGCGGAUGGUUCCCAUUUGGUUCGUGUUACUGUGGCCAAACCGCAGUCACGCCAGAUGAUGGAUAUUCUCAUUGCAAAGCUAGGCGGCCUCCUUGGUAGGCGUAUUUAUUACAUGCCUAUCUCACGCUCUUUAAACCUCAACAACGCACAAGCCAUAGCAAUUCUACAGAUGUGCCGGGAGUGCAUGUCGCAGUGCGGUGUUUUGUUGAUUCAGCCAGAGCAUAUUCUCUCACUGAAGCUGAUGUGCCUUGAAUUCUUCAUCGCUGGCAAGUUGGGUGUCGCCAAUUCAGUGCUUCAGAUUCUGAAAUUCCUCAAAGAGAACUCAUACGAUAUUGUCGACGAAAGUGAUGAAAACUUCAACGUGAAGUUUGAAUUGAUCUACACUAUGGGUGCUCAGUGCAAUUUGGAGUUUGGUCCUCACAGAUGGCAGAUAAUUCAGGAGUUGUUGGGCCUGGUGGAACAGUACUCUAAGGUUGUGAGCUCCGAAUUCCCUGAUGCCAUUGAGAUCUGCGAAAAUCAAAAUUAUGGCUUUCCACGGGUUCGGUUGCUUGAUGACAAUGCAAGAGAGAGUCUCUUUGAUCACAUAGGGCGACAUAUCUGUGAGAAUGGCAUGAGCUGUCUACCUGUUUCACGACAACCCCAAUCUGUGAGAGAUGCAGUGCGGGCUUACAUCAUGGAGCGCGAUCCAUCUCUUGACGAUAUUGCAUCAGUGCAUGGAGAUAAUGGAUUUUGGGGUCAAGACACGAGAAACGCUUUACUUCUGGUACGAGGCUUGCUUGCUGAGGGUGUUCUCGCCUUCUGCUUACAGCAAAAACGGUGGCGCGUGAACUUUGGCCCUGCUUCGAACAGAAAUCCUUCUACAAAGCUGUGUGUUCCAUACCGAGCCAAAGACAGCCCUUCUCUUCGUUCUGAGUUCAGUCACCCUGACGUGGUGAUUUUGUUGACCUGUCUGCACUAUUACUACGCAGGACUCGACGAUGAAGAUUUGUUCCUGGCUUUCCAGGCCCUUUCCAAAACUGACCAGGCCGAUAUUGAGUAUCAAGCUUGGGUUAGUGACGCACCAAUGCUUCCACCGGCCUAUCACCAGCUGGUUGGCGUGAAUUUGGAGGAUCGCCAUCACUGCAUAAAGAACAUAUUUCCAUUCCUCCGCCUUUCGAAAGCCGCGGUGGACUUUUUCCUGAAUCAAAUCGUCUUUCCCAAAGAAUUGAAGGCCUUUCCGGAUAAGCUUUCGGCGUCGGGAUGGGAUGUCGGUGAAAUCAAAACGCACCCAACUGUCGGGUUCAGUGGAACCAAUGAUUCACGGAAGGUUCUACCACUUGAUGUCUGCCAGCUCGACAUACCUGAGCAAACUCACACAAAUGCUCUGGUCAUUGGAAACAUUUUGCGAGAGGAAAAUUCGGUAGCCUACACCUCGCGGUCGGAAGACCCUGAUAAGACUGACACUAAGGCUUUGAUCGAUCAAAUCUUGCAACUGAAACCAUCAGUUCGGGUCAUCCUUGAUGUCGGAGCGCAGUUCCUCGAACUCAAUAAUGAGGCAAUGGCACAAUAUUUGCUCAGGCAGUUUUCACUACUUGAUGCAGCGCCCCAUUCAACUCCACGUUCAUCACAGGCGGCAAUGCAAAACUCGGUUCAAGCCGUGGUCUUUGUGAACGACAAGGACCAGAUAUGUGUGAUUGACCACAGCGGACUGGUGGAGCCACUACAAAUCUCUCCCUUUGCGAGGCAAAUGGAGGCAUGCUUUAUUUUCCUUGAUGAAGUUCAUACAAGAGGAAUUGACCUGAAGCUUCCUAAGAGCUAUCGCGCAGCGGUAACUCUGGGUCCGAAGACAACUAAGGAUAAAUUGGUGCAAGCAUGCAUGAGAAUGAGGAAAUUGGGCCACGGCCAAUCGGUGGUCUUCUGCAUUCCAACGGAGGUUCAGAACCGCAUUUUUGCUUUGCGUGGGCCAGAUCAGACGUCGAAAAUCGAAGUUUCAGAGGUUCUUCAAUGGGCUGUCGUUGAGACCUGGGGUGACAUGAAGCAUAAUAUUUCACUUUGGGCACUGCAGGGUUCACGCUAUGAACGCCAGCGUUCCCUUUGGGAUGGAAUCUUCAAGAGUGAAAGCUCCAGCAUUUCACCAGAGCAAGCUGAGGAAUUUCUGGAGGAGGAGUACAAAACGAUUGAAGAUCGUUACUCACCUCUUCAGGACAACACAUCCCUCCCUGAUUCUGUAGGGGAGGCCAAUGAAAGAUUGGGCUUGAUUGAUCAGCGGUGUCAGGAGUUUGGGAGUCUUGAGCAUGAUUCUGCGGCUCUCCAGGAAGAGCAGGAACGCGAACUUGCGCCAGAGAUUGAAUGUGAGAGAGAAGUGGAAAGACCUCAACCAAUUCCAGCCAUGCAGCACCAGAUCCAUCCAGAUCUCCUGCAUUUGAUCCGUAAGGGUCAACUGAGAGAACCCUCUUCAGCUUGGCAGCCCGCCUUCAAAGCGUUAAGCUCAACAUCUGCGGCCACACACUUGGACAUAGAUGAAUUUCCCACAGGACUCCUCGCGACUGCAGACUUUUGCAAAACUGUUCAGGCCCCUUCAAGAUCAUCAUGCAACUUGGAUUGCUUUCAAAGGCCCGUGCGCUGGGUUUUAACAUUCCGAAUGUUCCAUGAGGAAGAAUGCAGAAGGGAUGGCCGUUUGAUUAUUAUCAGCCCAUAUGAAGCCAAUGAACUCAUCGAUGAAAUCCGGGACUCAAUGCAUGUCACGCUUGAGGUUUAUGGACCCCGCCAAAACAGAGCAUUCGCUCCAUUGGAUGACCUGAGGCUGUACACCGUCCCGCAGCGCGCGAAGGUGCGGAUACCCGAGAGCCUGCGCAUUCAAUUGGACCUGUUCUCUGGCCACCUCUAUCUGACAAGUUAUGAGGAAUAUCGUCAAGUUUGCAAGUUCCUCGGGGUUUCAUCAGUCGCGACAACCCCAGAUCUUCUCGUUGCGGCGGAUGGUUUUAUCGUGAGUGGGAAUGAGGCCAGCAGGAGCUCUUUCUCGCAGAGCCCGUUAAAGUUCCUGAGAAUUUUGAUGUCUCAAAUUCGCAAAGAUUCAAAGGAGAUUUCCAAGACCCACAUUGGCAAGAUCAUUGAGGGUUCGCUGCUGUCUCAAUCCGAUUUUCCUGAACAGCCGCAAAAUUAA